CAAAUUCGUAGACCAUACAAAUGCCGUUAUCCAAACGCGUAAUGCUAUCAUCUUCUGAAUCGAUCUUUAUAUUCGAGCGCGAAAAAACGCGUCACAUGAUGUUAUACUCGACUAAAAUUGCGUGCGCGUAAGCUUACUGCGGACCCUCCUCUGUACAGAGGAUGCAGAUAGGGAAGCUUGACCUCGCCGUCUACUCCACAUAUCUUCGCUCCUUCUUCUUUCUCGCCGACCAGGACACCUUUUCUAGUUCACUGUAUCCACCGUCCAGCUUCCAAUAUGUUCGUCCUACGCUUCCGCUGCUCUUUACGCCCACUCUCUUCCACUCCCUCUGUCCGCUUCCCCAUAGCUGCAAGCAGUAGACGGACAAUGUCUUCACACCACCACUUCUCUUCUUAUCUCGUCUCACCAUCCGAGCUCAAUUCAGCUCUGAAGCAUAAUGCUAGCAAGCUUUCUUCAGAGCCGCGCAUCGUCCCGCUUUGCGCAUCCUGGUUUUUGCCCAACGAUGGUAGGAAUGGGUACAAUACUUUUAUUGAAGAGCGUAUCCCGCGCGCUCGUUUCUUCGAUCUCGACGCCGUCAAGGACAUUCACUCGCCAUAUCCGCACAUGCUUCCUUCUGCCGAAGACUUCGCAAUCGCAAUGAGACACCUCGGUAUACGCCGUGAAGACAGCGUAGUCGUCUAUGAUACAAAGGAGCUGGGUAUCUUCUCAGCCCCAAGAGUUGGUUGGACGCUACGAGUCUUCGGACAUCCAAAUGUGCAUGUGUUGAACAACUUCCGCAAGUGGAUCGAACAAGGGUUCCCAACGGAGAGCGGAGAGCCAAAGGAGGUUGCGCCGACCGAGUAUGCAGUGCCGAAGUUGGAGGAAGAGAGGAUCGUCGCCUUUGAGGAGGUCAAGGAUAUCGCAAGAGAAUUGGGCAAGGAGGGUGCGGAUGAAGUGCAAAUAUUGGACGCGAGGAGCUUAGGCCGGUGGAAGGGCAUUGAUCCGGAGCCUAGAGAAGGCCUUUCAUCUGGGCACAUUCCGCACUCCACCUCUGUCCCCAUCACGGACCUUCUCGAUUCGAAAGACAAGACGCUUCUCCCUGCCUCCGAACUCCAAGCUAUCUUCAAGUCCAAGGGGGUGGAUCCGUCUAAGCCAAUCAUAAACAGCUGUGGUACAGGCGUCACAGCGGCAAUCAUCGACGCUGCAUUGUCAGAAGCUGGCUUCCCGGCACAACAGAGGCGCUUGUAUGAUGGCAGCUGGACCGAGUGGGCGCAGCGCGUGAAGCCUGGCGAAGGUCUCGUCCGGAAGACGGAGUAGAUUGGUACGUAGACUGGUUGGAGACGUGAUGAGUUUCCUUAACAAGUUGAUACCCCUUUUCUUUCGCGUAUAUUCUUUGUAUCCUCGAAUGCAUGAUAUGAUUCCGACUUUAUGCCAAUGAUGAAGUAUGCAUAACUUUCUUGCUGGCCUAAUUCGUUGUAUUCGUCAAUGUGAUGCAAUUUUGUGAUUUUUCAUGCUCAUCAACAACGUCUAC